GGGUCCCUUGCGUUUCACUGGUUAGGCUGUGUGCAGCCCGUUUGCUAGCUGGGUAUAUUUAGCUGAUUGCAUUAUCGGAUCAGAUUUAGCCUGCAGUCCAGCAGAGUAGUGAACGUUGUUCCAGGCGAAUUCUGACUAGUAGUUAGCCAAGUAGUUAAGCUAACGUGAACAGCAGCCGUCUCUUUUCAGAAAAGUCUAGGUUAUCUGUGAGGAACGAAAACAAACCAUUUCGGACAUGUCUUCAGACGAAGACAGGGCCAAGGAAAUUUUGAAGGGCUUCAAACUAAACUGGAUGAAUCUUCGGGAUGCAGAGACGGGCAAAGUGCUGUGGCAGGGGACGGAGGACCUCUCUGUACCGGGAGUAGAGCACGAAGCUCGUGUCCCAAAGAAGAUCCUGAAGUGUAAAGCAGUGUCCAGAGAGCUCAACUUUUCUUCCUCAGAGAAACUGGAGAAGUUCAGACUGGAGCAGAAAGUUUUCUUCAAAGGACAGUGUUUAGAAGAGUGGUUCUUUGAGUUUGGUUUCGUUAUCCCCAACUCCACCAACACAUGGCAGUCUCUGAUAGAAGCGGCUCCAGAGUCCCAGAUGAUGCCAGCCAAUGUUUUAACUGGUAAUGUUAUCAUAGAGACCAAGUUCUUCGACGAUGACCUGCAUGUCAGUACUUCCAGGGUACGGCUUUUCUACGUCUGACAUUUACCCCCCGAGUCUAUCUUCCUGAAUGCUGACACCCUGCCAAGGUCUGUAAAUUCCCAAGGUUAGCUACAAUUCGCAGCAGUAAAGAGCUCAUUGCUGACGUGGGAUCAGCAUGUUGGGGUGAACCCAGCUGUGGCGCCACAAUCAGUCAAGUGAGCUCGUGUUCUCUAGUUUUGUGUCGACUUGAAAACCUCUGGACCUUGGAAGAAGAGGGAAGAGGAGGAGAGAGAGAACUCGAUCGCUUCCCCUGUUCCAGGAUCACCUCUCUCUCUGUUUUCCCCUUCAGACUGUUUCACUGUAAACACGUGAUCACUGAUCUCAAGUCAGCUAGGGAAGCCCUCUGAAAUGACCCGAUUUGUGUUUUUUCUUUUUUGUAGUGCUGCCCUAUCUCACUCCCAGGUAGCAUUUACUCAGGAACAGAACAGAUGUGUAACCUUCUGUGGAUAGAUAUCAUGUUUUCUAAUCUCCAUGUAUCAUGUCAUGUGUAGGGGAACUCUAGGCCUCAGGGGCUGGUGUCCUGCAGGUUUUAGAUAUCAGCCUAGGUCAACACACCUGAAUAAAAUGAUUAGUUCACUACCUCUGGAGUGGCCUCUGGAGAACUUCAAGACAUGUUGAGGAGGUAAUUUAGCCAUUUAAAUCAGCUGUGUUGGAUCAAGGAUACAUCUAAAACCUGCAGGACACCGGCCCUUGAGGCCUGGAGUUCCCCCACCCCUGCACUAGAGGGACGGGGAUAAGAUGAAAGCUCUUAUUGUCAUUUUAGGUGCUACAACAAAAUUUUAUUGGCAACUCAGAUAAAAUGUAUAAACCUGUUACAAUAAACACUGCAUAUUUUACAUAAUUCAAAUAUAAAGUAGUAUAGCCUUGAGGUGACUGUUUUUGUAAUCUGGCGCUAUAUAAAUAAAAUUGAAUUGAAUUGAGCUCAUUUCCUCUGGCUGUGUCCCGUUUCAGAGGCUGUCUGUGAGCUCCACAUUUCUCACAUUGUAUGUGAGAAAGUAAGGGUGACAUUCCAGAGCAGGUGAAAUGCAGCCUCCUUCCUGCAUUUGAGCAACAGGAGGAGCGCAACCUGUGCACGCUUCUUCUCCUCAGAUGGUCAAUGUUUUUUUUUUUUUCUAGUCAUUGAUUAGAAUUGCUUGGUUUUUAUUGGAGAAAUGGAAGAAAUAUACAUUUGUGGAUAUAUUUAUCUUUACACAUUAACCCAUUCGUAAUGUUUCACUUUGAUGAGUUGAUGAGGCCCGGCUAACAGUGCAGUGCUCAUCCCCUGAUAGUUUUCUAAAGCACUAACCUUAGCACGCUGACUCGUGACUGGGACACACCAGCUUAACGUAAUGUUUGCAACAGUGGUUUCAAUGUAGUCUGAUAGAGGGCUACACAUGUUUGUUUUUUUACUCUCCUCCAUGAAUUGUUAAAAUGAAACCUUCACAGUUCUGACAUAAUUAAAAACUGUUGUUAUUCAUUGGUAGAACAAAACAAGCUUUUAUUCCAUUAAUUUAUGUUUUGACCUUCACAUGACUUAAUUCUGAUAUUUCACUUUGAAUAAAGUCAUUAUCAGGGUGAAACCAAAACAUGCGUCAUUUUAUCUUAGCUAGAUCCAGAUGUUAACAGCAGCUUAAAUUCUUUUACAACAUCUUUGCUUUGCAUAUUCUCACUAGAUUUUUUGCUUUGGCUUCCUAUGUAGUUCACACAUUCACCUCGUUAUGUGUUUUUCUUAGCUCCUAUCUGGGCUUUGUAAAAUAGAUUUGUGUUGUAAUAUAAUGGGAGGUGUGGAUUAAAGUUACAUGAUGUUGGAAUAACA